AUGCGCAAAGUUAAUGCCCGGCCAAAUUUCCAAAACCUGUGCAUGGAAACGUUGAAAGACGAGGACCUGGAGGAGUGGCUUCAAAGGCCGGGUCCCACGCCGCCCGGGAACGCCGGUGCCCUAGAAGCCCACGUCCGAGUCCUAGUCUGUCACCAGACCGAGAACGAGAUCGACAUGCCUUCCGACCAGACCAAGAACGAGAUCCGUAAGCCGAAAUGCACGGUCUCGCAAAAGUGCUAUCAUGUGGCCAGGAGCUCGUUUGAUGCUAUAGAAGAGCACCUGCGCUUGCCCGUCCAGACGCUGCCUACCAUGAGCAGCAUGUGGGGGGUCCAGUCGAGCGAAUUUGUCACAGAUACAAACGCAGCAGGAAGGGAAACGAUGUGUCUUGACAUCACAAUGAGCAACGCAAGCAUCCCAGAACUUGCGCACUACGGCCUCGCCAUGUCAUACGACUUCUCGACGCGGCGUACCACGGCCUUUGUCAAAGGCAUCAACGCGGUCGACAAGGACUCCGGGAGGAAGUACCAGCCUUGGCAGCUCGACGCCCGCAUCCGCAACGGGCUGCACGACACCAUGCCGCUCUGGCCGCACCCGCUGCUGCUGCCGGUCAUCCUGCUGCAGCACGAGCUCGCCGCCAUCCGCGAGUUCUCGAAGGAGAAGCUCCACGCCGACUCGCACGGCAUCCAGGACACCAUGCGUCUCGACUACAAUGCCCAGGCCAGGAUACUCGGCGGGCUCAACUCGGACGAGGAGGGGCGGGGCGACCGCGCCGAGUUCACCAAUUGGCUCAACGGUCUGCUCUGCAGCGCUCACAGCACCCGCAGGGCUCUCCGUGUGAACAGACAGGCGGCCGGCUUUUUGCUCGGAAUCCUGGACGAGCUGAAAGAUCCUUCGCUGUGUUCUGAGGAGGAGGAGAUCCCGCCCCAGGUGGGACGGCAGAUCAGAGACACCAUCAUGACCCUCGACAGAGGGGCCGCAGGUUUUGAAGCGGGAAUCGACUGUAUCAUCGCGACUCUGGAGACCCAGGUUAACAUUGUAUGA